GGGUCUUUGGGGCAGCCACGCGCGCCUCUGGCCAUGUCGCAUGUCCUCGUGCACGGCCCCUGUGCAUGGCUUUCUGAGGGGAACCGGAGCUGGCCGGGCUCGCUUUCCACCCGCGCACUCCUCUCUCACCCCUGUCCAGCCCCCGCGGGCCAGGCUCUCCAGAACUGAGACCUUUUGACUCCCAACUCCCUCGCUCCCGCCUCCGCCCCCGCCGGGGGUGGCCCUUGAGACAGCCGGACUUCGCCUGGCCCCAGCUGGGACCAUGGUGUUUCUCUCAGGCAAUGGCUCGGACAGCUCCAACUGCACCCACCCGCCCGCACCGGUGAACAUUUCCAAGGCCAUUCUGCUCGGGGUGAUCUUGGGGGGCCUCAUCGUGUUUGGCGUGCUGGGGAACAUCCUAGUGAUCCUCUCUGUGGCCUGCCACCGGCACCUGCACUCGGUCACCCACUACUACAUCGUGAACCUGGCCGUGGCCGACCUCAUGCUCACCUCCACCGUGCUGCCCUUCUCGGCCAUCUUCGAGAUCCUGGGCUACUGGGCCUUCGGCAGGGUCUUCUGCAACAUCUGGGCGGCUGUGGAUGUGCUGUGCUGCACCGCGUCCAUCAUGGGGCUGUGCAUCAUCUCCAUUGACCGUUAUAUCGGCGUGAGCUACCCACUGCGCUACCCCACCAUCGUCACCCAGCGGAGGGGACUCAUGGCGCUGCUGUGCGUCUGGGCGCUGUCCCUCGUCAUCUCCAUCGGGCCCCUGUUCGGCUGGAGGCAACCGGCCCCCGACGACGAGACCAUCUGCCAGAUCAAUGAGGAGCCCGGUUACGUGCUCUUCUCGGCGCUGGGCUCCUUCUACCUGCCGCUGACCAUCAUCCUGGUCAUGUACUGCCGCGUCUACGUGGUGGCCAAGAGGGAGAGCCGAGGCCUCAAGUCUGGCCUCAAGACCGACAAGUCGGACUCAGAGCAGGUGACACUCCGCAUCCACAAGAAGAGCGUCCCCGAGGUCGGAAGCGGGGGGUCCAGCUCCAAGAACAAGACGCACUUCUCCGUGAGGCUCCUCAAGUUUUCUCGAGAGAAGAAGGCCGCCAAGACCCUGGGCAUCGUCGUGGGCUGCUUCGUCCUUUGCUGGUUGCCUUUUUUCUUGGUGAUGCCCAUUGGGUCAUUCUUUCCUGAUUUCAAACCCUCAGAAACAGUUUUUAAAAUAGCAUUUUGGCUUGGAUACCUAAACAGCUGCAUCAAUCCCAUUAUAUAUCCAUGUUCCAGUCAAGAGUUUAAGAAGGCCUUUCAGAAUGUACUGAAAUUCCAGUGUCUCCGUAGAAAGCAGUCUUCCAAACACGCCCUGGGCUAUACCCUACACCCACCCAGUCACGUAAUAGAGGCACAGCAAAGGGACCUAGUGCGCAUCCCAGUGGGAUCAGGAGAGACUUUCUAUAAGAUCUCCAGGACGGAAGGAGUCUGUGAAUGGAAACUUUUCUCUUCUGUGUCCCGUGGAUCAGCCCGAAUUUCAGUGCCCAAAGACCAAUCAACCUGCACCACGGCCCGGGACUUUUAACCAUGAAAGCAUCUGCACACAGCUCCUGUCAAGCCCGAGUGGAACACAGUUGGCAGCUUCUCUUUGUCUACAAACUGCUGUGGAGCAGGGCUGAGCCCAGCUGCUGUGGGGCUCCACCAUCUUCAUAAAGCAUGGCAACAGUGGCCUUCAAAAGCAGUGGCCACAAGAUGAGUGAGUGAAGAUGCCAUGGACUGGGCUGGCAAAAGCAAGUUAGGAUUUCAGCAGAGGUUACCUCUCCACACACACACACACACACACACACACACACACACACACACACACACACCAGCCCUUUGCCAAUAUUCUCAUCAGCAUUACCUCUUCCUUGCCACCCAACCCCGAGCCCAAAUGCCAUGGGGACUCAGGAUGAAUCUUACCUGCUUUGUGCAGGAAAAUAUGGCUUUUUUGCUACUGCAAUGUGCAUGACUGAGUCUUUCAUCUAACUGGAAGC